AUGUCUGCUGUUCAAGACCAAAAGGUUCCAAAGCAAACCAGAAAGACUGCUAGACCUCACAAAUUAAGACCUUCUCUUGUUCCAGGUACCGUUUUAAUCCUUUUAGCCGGUAGAUUCAGAGGCAAAAGGGUUGUUUACUUAAAACAUUUGGAAGACAAUACCCUUUUAGUCUCCGGUCCUUUCAAGGUGAAUGGUGUUCCAUUGAGAAGAGUUAACGCAAGAUACGUCAUUGCAACUUCUACUCAAAUUGACAUUUCAGCUCUCGAUUUGUCCAAAUUCGAUGUUGCCUACUUUGCAAGAGAGAAGGUCUCCUCUAAGAAAUCCGAAAAGGAUUUUUUCGGUGAAGGUGCUCCAAAAAAGGAAAUCAGAUCCGAGAGAAUUGAAGAUCAAAAGGUUGUUGAUAAGACUUUAAUCUCCGAAAUCAAGAAAACCCCAUUACUUAAACAAUACUUAGCCUCGUCUUUCUCAUUAAAAUCCGGUGAUAAACCACAUGAAAUGAAAUUUUAA